AUGGCAGGUUCCAUACUCUCCGUCGACAAUGUAGGCAACGCGCACCCCGAAACACCCGGAUACAAUCUCAAUCUCUAUAUGCGGGACCAUCACCAUGGGGGUCUGUCUCCCGCCGUCGUCGAGAGCGUUGCCGGCCUCAGCGCCGGUGUGAUUUCGACCUUGGUUGUGCAUCCCUUGGACAUAGUCAAGACGCGAAUGCAGAUCCACCGCAGCGCCGGGCAGCCGGCCUCGCCCCCGACAACAGUCACCAUCCUGCGCUCCCUCACGUCCAACAGCCGGCCCGUCCUCUCCCUCUACCGCGGCCUCACGCCCAACCUCGUCGGCAACGCCACGUCCUGGGCGUCCUUCUUCUUCUUCAAGUCCCGCUUCGAGCGCGCCAUCGCCCACGCCAACCGCCGCGUCCGUCCCUCGGCGGCAGACUACUUCCUGGCCUCUGCCCUCGCCGGCGCCUCGACCUCGGUGCUCACCAACCCCAUCUGGGUGCUCAAGACGCGCAUGCUCUCGUCGGACAAGGGCUCCGCGGGCGCCUACCCCUCCAUGCUGGCCGGCGCGCGGACGAUCCUGCGCACCGAGGGCGUGCGCGGCUUCUACAGAGGCCUUGCCGUCUCGCUGCUGGGCGUCUCCCACGGCGCCGUCCAGUUCGCCGUGUACGAGCCCGCCAAGAGGGUGUACUUUAACAACCGCAUCGCCGAGGGGGACGUGAACCCGCGGCUGACCAACGAGGCUACCGUUGUGAUAUCCAGCGUGGCCAAGCUGGUGGCCGGCGCGGUGACGUACCCGUAUCAGGUUCUGCGGAGCAGGAUGCAGAAUUACCGCGCCGACGAGAGGUUUGGGAGGGGAAUCAGAGGCGUCGUGAGGAGGAUCUGGAUGGAAGAGGGCGUGGUUGGGUUUUACAGAGGGUUGGUGCCCGGCGUGGUGAGGGUGAUGCCGGCUACGUGGGUGACGUUUUUGGUUUACGAGAAUGUGAGGUACUAUUUGCCGGCGUGGAUGGCGUAG